AUGCUCGUGUCAACGUUGAAAACGUCGCUCUUUCUGCUCGCCGCGAUUUUCCUCGCGGUUCACGCUGCCGCGAAGAAAGAACCGCUUGGUCCGAUCCAGGAAGCGAUCCAAAAUGGUGUCGCGGCACAGUACAAUCGAGAGGAUUGCGUUUGGAGACGAGGAAACGACAGAGAUUCUUGUCCCGAUCCCGAUAUCCGAGUAUUCUUGUACGCGAAUAAUCGACCUAGACGAGAACUCGACUCCAGGGAGUCUGAUUGGCUGCGACAGGACUACGACCCGACCAAGGAGAACGUUCUCCUUGUACAUGGAUACGCAGGCGGAGACGACACCCUGCCCAUAUCCGUCCUCCGCGACGCCUACAUCAGGAACUCCAGCUACAACGUCUUCCUAGUCGACUGGGGUGCUCUAAGCGCGCCACCCUGUUACCCAGCCGCGGUAGCCAACCUUCGUCCAGUAGCUCGUUGCUUAGCCGGCACCUUGACCACCUUACGGAACCUAGGCCUACCAAUUUCAAGAACAACCUGCGUGGGACACUCGUUAGGCGCUCACAUCUGUGGCAUAAUGGCCAACUUUCUCCUAUUCAGAAUGCACCGAAUCAUCGGUCUAGACCCAGCCAGACCUCUUCUACGACUCGGAUACGUGAAUCGUCUGGACAGCGGAGACGCGGAUUUCGUCGAGGUGAUCCACACGAACGCGGGAUAUUACGGAGAAGGCGGUCGCAUGGGACACGUGGAUUUCUGCGUGAACGGUGGCAAAGUGCAGCCGUUCUGCGAGGGAAAGCCGAAUUAUCAGCUGUGCAGCCACGUUUGGGUGGUGUGUUACAUGGCGCAGAGCAUCGACAACGGUGGUCUGGAGUCGAUGGCUGAGCCGUGCUCGAGAAGGUGUCCAUCCGGGCCCAGAAUCGCUCCCAGAGCUGGAGAAUACGUGGCCAUGGGACAACACACGCCGACAGGUACCAGGGGGUCCUUCUGCUUCACCAACAAGCAUCCACCCUAUUGUCCCAAGUACGGAAACGGGCGUGGCGACGUGAGAUGCUGUGUGCCGGAGGAUAAGCCCGUCACGUUCUAG